AUGGCUCUCGGCGUCUCUUGUUUGAAUGGGAUUGAAGAAGCUGAAGCACAGUGUGCUUUGUUGAACUCUGAAUCAUUAUGCGAUGGAUGUUUCAGUUCAGAUUCAGAUAUAUUUCUCUUUGGUGCAAGGACAGUGUACAGGGAAAUCUGCCUUGGAGAUGGUGGAUAUGUUGUAUGUUAUGAGAUGGCAGAGAUUGAAAAUAAACUUGGAUUGGGACGGGAUUCAUUGAUUGCUCUCUCUUUGCUUCUCGGCAGUGACUAUCAUCAAGGAGUUCAUGGUUUAGGUCCGGAGUUAGCUUGUCAGAUAGUAAAAUCAAUUGGGGAGAAAGAUGUUCUAAAAAAAUUUGCUUCUGAAGGACUUGGAUGGGUGAAAAAAAGAAAAGGAGCUAAAAAUAAUAUAGGAAAGGACGAUACCAUUUUACAAGUGAUUGAUGCUUAUUUGAAGCCAAAAUGCCACUCAGCUGAUUCAGACUUUGUGCUCAAGGCUCAUUCUCAGUAUCCAUUUCAACGUACUAAGCUCCAUCAUAUAUGCGCUGUAUACUUCGAAUGGCCUUCGGAGAGAACAGAUGGAUAUAUCCUUCCAUGUAUAGUCGAAAGGGAUUUACGACGAUUUGCCAAUUUGCGAUCAACUUCGUCUGAACUUGGGUUGAACCUUCCUUUACAUGAGGGAUUGGAAUCACCCGCUGAUGGUAGACGUUCAUCUGAGUCUAGCUAUCGUAUUGGAGAUAAUGGAACUUCAGGGGGGACAAAUUAG